AUGUCUUCAUUCCAGGUUUCCAAGAUUUUCAUGAUUGGAGGAACGGGCGCGCAAGGGUUACCCAUUGUUCGAGAGCUCGUCAAAGAUCGACGCUACGAUGUCCGCAUCUUGACUCGCAAUCCAAAUAGUCGUCGGGCAAAAGAGUUAGCGGAAUUGCCGGGCGUUGAGCUACUCCAAGGAACAUUUGCUAGUGAGGAUGACCUGACUAGUGGAUUUACAGGUUGCGAUGGUGCUUUCGUGAAUAUAGACGGCUUCAACUGCGGAGAAAAGUCUGAAUUGUUUUGGGGCAUACGGGCAUACGAGAUAGCAUUAUCCGUGGGCGUGAAGUUUUACGUCUGGGGUAAUCUUGACUAUGGUUUGAAGAAGGCGGAUUGGGAUCCAAAAUACCGAUGCGGGCACUAUGAUGGCAAAGGACGAGUCGGAGAAUGGAUAUUACAACAUGCGACCCCCCACAUGGGGGCUGCCCUCUUCACGACUGGACCUUACAUAGAUAUGGCGCUCUCUCCGCUCACAAUCAUGACCCCAAGACUCAUCGACGGAGUACUUACGUGGUCGCUCCCUCUUGGAGAUGGAGAAGUUGCUCACGUGGCGCUCUCAGACUGUGGUGUUUAUGUACGUUGGUUAUUUGACAACCCCGGUCGAGCAAAUGGCAUGGAUCUGGAAGUGGCUAUUGCCCAUAUCUCGUAUUCCGAAAUGGCCACUGCCUUCGAGAAGGUGACAGGAAGACCUGCGCGAUACGUGGAUGUUCCAUUUGGAGAAUAUUUCAAAGCAUUCAGCGGGCACGAGUCAUUCAUGAGUGUAUUGAAAAAUCCUCAUAUGGGACUGAUGUCGAAACUGCGGUUCGGGUUUGGCUUUUCAACUAAACAACCCUCUUCUUAUAACGCCGACCCAGCGGAUCCUGCCACACUGAGCUUCGAGACAAAUUUCAUAGGAUUCUGGAACUUGUGGAGAGCGAGCAAAGGCAAUAAGGGAGUCAUGCGGAGAGACUAUGAAUUGCUGGAUGAAAUACACCCUAACAGGAUCAAGAGUGCCGAGGAAUGGUUCAGAAAAGAGGCCGAGCAAGGUGACCUAUGGGAGCGGGUCAGCAAGAUGGCUCCAAUAUUAAAAUGGAGUGAGGAUGGAGCAAAGGGUACAAUCUGA